CCGUUAAUUUAAAAUUGUCUCAAUAGGGACAGCUGGUAUCGAAAUUGGGCGAGUAGGAUCCGAAUUCUCAGUCGCAGCGAGUAACCGAAUCUAUGUUGUUUUGCACUGACUCACUUAGCAGCUCAACACUCUGCUACUUCCCACCGCUCUAUGCUCUGCUGCCUCUAAGAUCUCCCAUUCCCACACGACGGCGUUUUGCUCCCAAACUCACAUCUUCUUCGUGACAACUCUCACACACACCCAUUUCAUUCUUUGGCACCAACCAAACAACCUACGAUUUUUUCGAAAUGGGUUGCGCACAGUCCCGAAUAGACAACGAGGAAUCCGUGUCUCGCUGCAAGGACCGCAAAAACCUCAUGAAAGAUGCCGUCGUCGCUCGGAACGCCUUCGCCGCAGGCCAUUCCGGCUACGCCUUCGCCCUCAAGAACACCGGCGCCGCCCUCAGUGACUACGCCCACGGCGAGACCUACGACCUCCACGUUCCCCCCCUCGACCCUCCCUCCUCCUCCGCUGACCCUCCGCCUCCGCCUCCGCCGCCCAUUGACGACAGCCUCCCUCCCCCUCCGCCGCCUCUCCCGGAGUUCUCCCCCGCGCCGGCUCCGCUUGCUCGCUCCGUCACCAUGCCCGCCGGUGUCAUGCACCACCACCACCGCAGCCCCAUCCCCCUCUCCAUCGCCGAGGAGGACGAAGAGGAAGAAGCAACCCCCAAGCAGGCGAAGAAAACCGCCGGAUCGCCGCCGGAGAUGAAGACACCGCCGCCGCCGCCUCCGGAGUCGAAGGGCAUGGCUUGGGAUUACUUCUUCAUGGUGGAGAACAUGCCUGGACCUUCUCUAAGUGCUGAAGAUGAUAAUGAUAGUCAUAUUCAUGAUGAUGAUGGUGAGGGUAAAAUGGAGAAUGUGGUUGAAGAUGAGGUUGAGCCUAAGACACCAGAGAAAGUGCAGGAGCAUGAAAAUGUAAACGUUCAUGAAGAGCAUGAUGAUGAGAUAAGUGAGGCGAAGAAACACAUUGAGCACUCUAAAACUGCUCCAGCUGAGUUUAGAAGAGCUAUAAAGGUGGUUCCUUCUGUUACUCUUAUGCAGAUUCUCAAUGUCCUUGAUGAUCACUUCUUGAAGGCCUCCGAGGGUGCUCAGGAAGUUACCAAGAUGCUUGAGGCCACUAGGUUGCAUUAUCAUUCCAAUUUCGCGGAUAAUCGCGGGCACAUUGAUCAUUCUGCUAGGGUUAUGCGUGUCAUAACGUGGAAUAGGUCCUUCAGAGGUGUGUCCAAUGGGGAUGCCGCCAAAGAUGACAUUGAUUCUGAGGAGUAUGAAACUCAUGCCACUGUUUUGGAUAAGUUGUUGGCAUGGGAGAAGAAACUUUAUGAAGAGGUCAAGCAAGGUGAGCUUAUGAAGUUUGAAUAUCAGAGAAAAGUUGCAAUUCUAAACAAGCAGAAGAAGCGUGGUGCCAGUGCUGAAUCCUUAGAAAAGACUAAAGCAGCUGUUAGUCAUUUGCAUACAAGAUAUAUUGUUGACAUGCAGUCAAUGGAUUCAACAGUUUCAGAAGUGAACCAUAUUCGAGACGCCCAGUUGUAUCCGAAACUUGUUGCUCUUAUUAUUGAGAUGGCAAAUAUGUGGGAAAAUAUGUGCAUACAUCAUGACAGCCAGCUGAAAAUAGUAACAGACCUCAAAUCUCUUGAUAUUUCUCAAGCUCCUAAGGAAACAACCAAGCAUCAUUACGAUCGCACUGUGCAACUUGAGAAAGUCAUCCAGGAAUGGCAUUUACAAUUUGAGAAGCUUGUAACUCAACAGAAACAUUACAUCAAAGCUCUUAACAGCUGGCUAAAGUUAAAUCUCAUUCCUAUUGAAAGCAACCUAAAAGAGAAAAUCUCAUCCCCUCCAAAGGCACAGAAUCCACCAAUCCAAGCCCUUCUCCAUGCAUGGCAUGAUUAUGUUGACAAGCUUCCUGAUGAGCUUGCCAAAUCUGCUAUUUCCUCCUUUGUUGCCGUGAUAAAGACAAUCAUACUUCAGCAGGAGGAAGAGAUGAAGUUAAAGGAGCGAUGUGAGGAAACCAGAAAGGAAUACUUCAAGAAGAAACAAGCAUUUGAGGAAUGGUACCAGAAGCAUUUAAUGCGGAGAGGGCCUGAUGAAGCAGAACAUGAAAGAGGAGAGGAAGUAAACGCAAACAAUCCUGUCUCAGAGAGGCAGUUUGUUGUUGAGAGCUUGAAGAAGAGAUUAGAAGAGGAAAUUGAAUCUCACCAAAAACAUUGUGUUCAGGUGCGAGAGAAAUCACUGCAGAGUCUCAAAACUCGCUUGCCCGAACUCUUCCGUGCUUUGUCAGACUAUGCUCAUGCCUGUGCUGAUGCUUAUGAGAAACUGAAGUUAAUCACACAGUCACGAGGUGGUGAGGCAUGAAACAUGAAGCUUUUUUUGUUGACUUUUGUGAAGUUUGUGUUUUGAACCUAUGUAGUCUGCUGUUGUCCUCACACAAGAAGGCAUAACAUAUUUUAGCUUGGCAUGCAGAUUUAUCAAUCUUGUGUGAAUUUUUUGCCGUAGCUUUUAAAGUUCUAACCAUCCUUGAUGAUGUAGCAUAUUGCUUAAGUGUGUAUUAUGUGUCUUAAGGUAGUUGCGUAAUGAAGUAGUGAUUUAUUUCGCUCCGCAAGUUUAUUCAAGUCAUUUAGUCCAAA